UAUAUCUCACUGGUCACCAUAACAACACCCACCCGUAGCAUGCGCUCCAGCAGGUAUAUCUCACUGGUCACCAUAACAACACCCACCCGUAGCACGCGCUCCAGCAGGUAUAUCUCACUGGUCACCAUAACAACACCCACCCGUAGCACGCGCUCCAGCAGGUAUAUCUCACUGGUCACCAUAACAACACCCACCCGUAGCACACGCUCCAGCAGGUAUAUCUCACUGGUCACCAUAACAACACCCACCCGUAGCACACGCUCCAGCAGGUAUAUCUCACUGGUCACCAUAACAACACCCACCCGUAGCACGCGCUCCAGCAGGUAUAUCUCACUGGUCACCAUAACAACACCCACCCGUAGCACGCGCUCCAGCAGGUAUAUCUCACUGGUCACCAUAACAACACCCACCCGUAGCACACGCUCCAGCAGGUAUAUCUCACUGGUCACCAUAACAACACCCACCCGUAGCACGCGCUCCAGCAGGUAUAUCUCACUGGUCACCAUAACAACACCCACCCGUAGCACGCGCUCCAGCAGGUAUAUCUCACUGGUCACCAUAACAACACCCACCCGUAGCACGCGCUCCAGCAGGUAUAUCUCACUGGUCACCAUAACAACACCCACCCGUAGCACGCGCUCCAGCAGGUAUAUUUCACUGGUCACCAUAACAACACCCACCCGUAGCACACGCUCCAGCAGGUAUAUCUCACUGGUCACCAUAACAACACCCACCCGUAGCACGCGCUCCAGCAGGUAUAUUUCACUGGUCACCAUAACAACACCCACCCGUAGCACACGCUCCAGCAGGUAUAUCUCACUGGUCACCAUAACAACACCCACCCGUAGCACGCGCUCCAGCAGGUAUAUCUCACUGGUCACCAUAACAGCACCCACCCGUAGCACACGCUCCAGCAGGUAUAUCUCACUGGUCACCAUAACAACACCCACCCGUAGCACACGCUCCAGCAGGUAUAUUUCACUGGUCUCCAUAACAACACCCACCCGUAGCACACGCUCCAGCAGGUAUAUCUCACUGCUCAUCCCCACAGCCAAUUCCCCCUUUAGCC